CGCUUCCAGCAGGUUCAGCCACAGACUCUCAGCCGCACACGGUAACCGCCACGCUGCUCAGGCCUUUCUGCACAGCGGAAGAAAUUCACAGCCUGACUUCAGUUUAGUUGUUCACGGAAAUGCCCACGAUUAAACUCCAGAGCUCUGAUGGGGAAAUCUUUGAGGUGGACGUUGAGAUCGCCAAACAGUCCGUCACCAUCAAGACCAUGUUAGAAGAUUUGGGAAUGGAUGAUGAAGGAGACGAUGACCCCGUCCCCCUCCCUAAUGUGAAUGCUGCCAUUCUCAAGAAGGUGAUUCAGUGGUGCACCCAUCACAAAGACGACCCUCCUCCCCCUGAGGACGACGAGAACAAGGAGAAGAGGACGGACGACAUUCCUGUUUGGGACCAGGAGUUCCUCAAAGUGGACCAAGGCACCUUGUUUGAACUCAUCCUGGCCGCUAACUAUUUGGACAUCAAAGGCCUCUUAGAUGUCACCUGCAAGACAGUGGCCAACAUGAUCAAAGGCAAAACCCCAGAAGAGAUCAGGAAGACUUUCAACAUCAAAAAUGAUUUCACAGAGGAGGAGGAGGCCCAGGUACGCAAAGAGAACCAGUGGUGUGAAGAAAAAUAAAGCGGAGAAUCCUGCCAACACUACCACACUGAAAGGAUUGUCCCUGCUUACUGGUUGCACUGGCGUUGUUCAUACUUGUUAAUAUUUUACUUUUAGGAUAUUGACAACCACUUUGCUCUCUAGUUCCCUUCAUUUCUGUUUCCCAAUAAUAGCAUGACCAUUUUAACUUGCCUGUGUGGUGUCAUUAAUUUAAAGAAAAAAUGCUUAUUACUGUUUUCACACACUCAUAUUUGUGGAUCUACAUAAAAUAUAGUCCUGUUCUCAUGGCUUUGUCUCCUUGAAGAAGAAAACGACAUCCCUCCUUCCAGAUUAUCCUUAUUUUUAGUUGCUCUAGUUGUCUUUUUUUUUUUACUGGAGAUUAUUCUUUUAGGUUCAUUGUAUUAAAUAAAGUUACAUUUUUGACAAUGGAAAAACCAAGGGUGAAAGUGAUUUUUGCUCCGCUGUUUAAACCUGAAGGCGACUUGUUAGGAGAAAUGAAGUUGGAAGUUGCUAAAUGUUUUUGCGUUUUCACCUUCAUCACAGCGUUGACUCAUAAAUUUGUGUAUUAAAUGGGACACUUUCAGCUUAGCUGUGAUGCUGGUUUUUUUAGCUGGAUAAACGCACUGAAGGAGUUAAUAAAACCUUUCAAAUUAA